UUUUCUUCAAUGAAUGUUUUUAUCUCCUUUUAAAUAAGACAAAAUGAUGCAUUCCAAAUAUACGUGCCGACUGUAUAAACUCGUGAGAGGAUUUAGUUCUGCUACUCACAAGUAUGAUUUAGCUGUUAUUGGAGGCGGUCCUGGAGGCUACACCACCGCAAUUAAGGCCGCACAAUAUGGUCUGAAAGUUGCUUGCAUCGACCGAAGAACUACUCUUGGAGGCACAUGUCUCAACGUUGGUUGCAUCCCCUCAAAAUGCCUGCUUAACACAUCACAUCAUUACAAGGCUUCUCAUGAUGGCAUCGCCGGUAUAAAGUUCACUAAUGUUGAAUUUAAUCACGGUCAAACCAUGAGCUCCAAAGCCAAAAUCCUUAAGACACUAGAUGCUGGUAUUAAAGGGUUGUUCAAGAAAAAUGGAGUUGACUACAUAAGUGGACACGGAACCCUGAAGUCUGCAAACGAGAUACAGAUAGAAGGUGGUGAAACUGUCUCGGCGAAGAAUAUUAUCAUUGCUACCGGUUCGGAAGUCACGACAUUUCCCGGAGAUGCCCUCAAAAUUGAUGGCAAACGCAUCAUCAGUUCUGAUGAGGCAUUAGUACUCGAUGAGGUGCCUAAGGAAAUGGUAGUUAUUGGUGGUGGUGCCAUUGGUCUUGAGUUGGCAUCGGUGUGGAGCAGGCUUGGUGCAAAGGUCACCAUAGUAGAAUAUGCAAAUAAUCUUUGUCACACAAUGGAUCAUGAUGUCUCAGUAGCCAUCAAAAAGAUUGUGGAAAAACAAGGCAUCAAUAUUUUACUAAGCACAAAAGUGCUUGGUGGAGAGGUUAAAGACGAUUGUGCAGUUAUUACGGCAGAAAAGGAUGGAGAAAAGAUAGAAUUGAAGGGAGAUGUUGUGCUAUUAGCUAUGGGACGAAGACCAUAUACGAAAAAUCUGGGUUUGGAAGAACUCGGUAUCAAAACCGAGCGGGGCUACAUCGUUGUAGAUGAAAUGCUUCGCGUACCCAAUUACGAAAAUAUCAGUGCCAUCGGUGACGUUAUAGCGGGCCCGAUGUUAGCACAUAAAGCUGAGGAAGACGGUUCUAUUGCCUUAGGCCAUAUUUUGGGCAAAGAUUUAGGACACAUUAACUGGGAUCAUAUUCCAAUGGUAAUAUAUACGCAUCCAGAGGUUGCAGGUAUAGGCAAAAGUGAACAGGUAUUAAAAUCUAACGGUAUCGAAUACAAGAAGGCAACAUUCCCUUUUGCAGCGAAUUCGAGGGCCAGAAUAGCGGGAGAUGUUGAUGGAUUUGUCAAGAUAUUGGCUGACAAGGACAACAAGAUACUUGGAGGAUGGAUUGUAGGACCACAUGCAAGUGAACUGAUAGGACAAAUAACCAUAAUGAUGGCUUGUGGACUGACAACUGUCGACGUUGCCAAAGUUUGCUUCGCCCAUCCAACAGUGUCAGAAGCGUUAAAGGAAGCCUGUAUGGCAGUGCAUCACAAAGCUACCCAUUUUUAAGUGUGGCAUGUGCUCUCUUGAAAUGGGAA